AUGAAACAUUUUUCAUAAAAUUCAUAGAAUUAGUAACUCGUCACCAAGACCUUCAAUGACAUCCCAUUCACUAUUUACAAUCGAUAUUAGGGCAUUAAAUUAUUGGGAGCAGGAUCAUAUGGAACAGUUUUGUUAGCUUUGGAUACCCAAACCAACACCAAAGUUGCAAUUAAAAAACUCAACCCAUUGGAGGAUAUUAUAGAUGCCAAGAGAAUGCUGAGAGAAAUACGAAUAUUAAGAGCUAUGGCUCAUCCCAAUAUUGUUGCAAUCAAAGCUGCCAUCUACGAUAAUGUUUCAUAAGAGAGUGACUAUUUCGGCACUGUCUAUUUGGUAUAAGAAUAUUUUUAGGCCGAUCUUCACAGAGUUCUUAAAAACCCAAAAGAUCUCUCCGAUGAUCAUGUGCAAUUCAUCAUGUAUUCUAACCAAUCCUAUUUUAGGUAUCAAUUAACCAAGGCAGUGGCAUAUCUACAUUCAGCAUCCAUCAUACACAGAGAUAUCAAGCCAUCCAAUAUAUUAGCCAAAGAUGACUGCUCCAUAAGUCUCUGUGAUUUUGGCCUCUCCCGAUAAAUCGAAGAAUAUGAAGAAGAAGAUAAUAAAAAAGCAUAAAAUUUCACAGAAUAUGUUGUCACAAGUAUAGACCAUCUAAAUCAUCCAUAGGAUACUACAGAGCACCAGAGAUUAUGGUUUCCUCUUAGCAAUACUCAUUUCCCAUUGACAUUUGGUCAUUGGGCUGCACUUUCGCCGAAAUGCUAAACGAAGGAAAGGUAAAUCCUUAUAUUAAGACUAUCAGGUUCUCUUCAAAGGCAAGACCUAUGUUUAAAUGGUAAAAAUGAUCUUCGAAAUACUUGGCAAGCCAAUUCAAGAAGACCUGGAUCAAUUCAUUAAGAAUAAAAAUGCUAUGGAGUUUGUCCAGUCCCUACCAAGUGUUCCACCACAAUCAAUCAAGAAAUUAAUUGAUUAUUCCAAUCCUCUAGCAAUUGAUUUAUUGGAUAAAAUGCUUGUGAUCAAUCCUCAUAAAAGAAUCACUGCUCAAGAAGUAAGAUAAAUGAUUAAAUCAGGCAUUAAAUCAUCCUUAUUUUAAAGAAAUUAGAGAAAAAACUGAGGAAGCACCUUAUAAAGGGAAUGCAGACUUUACAUUCGAAAAUGAUGACACUAUUAGUUUUGAAUAAAUGAGAAUUAUGAUUCUCGAAGAACUAAAUAAAUUAGGGGAAAAGAUAGAUAUUCCUGGAGAGAUGGAUAGAUUAAGAUAACUCAGAGAGAAAAGGAGAGCUCAAAAAUUAAAAAAAUGAUUAUUUUUUUAUUCAUUAUAAGAUUUU